AUUAAAUAUAAAAAAUGGGUAUUUGUGUAGGAACUAAAAAAUAAUAGGAAGAUUAGAUUAAUAAGUUAAAUUAGCCAAUAAUAACAAAUGGAGAACUAUAGAUAAAAGUGUUGUUAAAGAAUAUAAAGUUAAAGAUGUCAGAUGUAUAAUAAUGUUAAAUUGAAUUUGAUUUAGGGAAAUGUAAAUAUACAUCUCCUGUGCAUGUUAAUAAUGAAGGAGAACAUUAUGUAAUUAUUAUUUGAUAGAAGGAAUUAAGUGGCGUGCAAGUUUCGAUGGUUUAUUAAAAAUGAGUGAAUAAUAGAUGAGAGAAACAAAAAUAAAGAUAUCUGUAUUAACAUCAUAAAGAGUAAUUGGAUAAACAAAUAUAAACUUAUUUGAAGCAGCAGUAGGACCAUUCCAUUUUGAAUUACCAAUAAGAGGAAUAAAUAAUGGGAAUGUUAGUUUUGAUUUGAAAUUGAAUUAAAUAAUUCAAGCAACUUUAUAGAGUAAAUACAUAAUAUGGGAAUUGAAUUAGAGUUUGAGUGAUGUUAGAUACAACUAUAAUCUGCGUUUGGUGGUUCAAAUAAAUGAAUAUUAACAAGACCUCCCAACUGUCGUUUAUUUCUGAGCAUUCUUCUACAUUUACUAAUCCAAAUUACAGAAAAUAGAGUGAGAAGAAAUUAACACAAUUUUAAUCUAGUCGUAAGAGUAUCUUAGACCAAGAUUGUAUUAAGGAUAGUGUUACUUCAUUAUCCAGACUUCCUUCCUUAAAUAGUCCACCUAAUCCAUCUUAUGAUCAAAUUGUUGCUACUCCUACUCACAAAGUAUAUCAAUUAAUUAUAUAUAUAUGUAGGCUAAUCAUAGAAUUGAAUGGGAACAUAAUAAUGAUGAUCUUACUUUAAUUGUUGAAUUACCUAUUUAAGAAUUUUAAGGAUCAGCUAUUUAAUUAUGUUUAUGGUCUAUAUAAUCCAAUAAUAAGAGUUUUGAUAAUAUUAAAUCACCAUAAAAAACUAUCAUUAAAAAAACUAAAAAUUAACAUGAUUCUGAAUAUAUGGAUUUAGAAAUCUAAGAUCAUCAUUUAGUAGCGGAAACUUAUAUUAAUUUAUCUAAUAUGGAAACUAGUGUAUCUGCUGAAUUUGGUGCCAAAUUCUUAAUUAUUAAAAGUUAUUAACCUAAAUCAUUAUGGUAUCAUGGAGUUGAAGUUGGAAAAAUUGAUUAUGAAAUUACUGUAAGAAUUCCUAAUUAUCUCUAAUAAUCUUCAUUUGGACUAUAAACUCAAAAAGGCAUUGUUUCAUCUACUACUGUUGUUGGUAAUGUCGAAAAUAUCAGUGUUACUGAAAUCAAAAUGAUAUAAAUCGAAUUUUAAAGAUUAUCUGGCUCCAUUUUUAAAAUUGAACAUAAAACUCUCAAUAUUGAUGAAAAAUUAAAAAUUAGACAAGAAAUGGAUUCACAUCUAAAUCGGUUAGCUUAACUUCUUGCUUAAUCUCAUGGAAGUGCCAUUAAAACCUUCUAAUAUAAAUCGGAAGAUGAUUUAAUGAAAGCAUAAUAAUUACUCAUUUAAAUCUCAAUUUAAUUAGUAGAAUAUUCUAAGACUUUAUCCACAUUUACUUCAUAUUAUGAAUGUCUCAAUUAAGUAUUAGGUCGUGGUGAAUUAAUGCUUUAACAAUUAGGAUUUUUUAAAGCACUUAAUAAAAAAUAAUCUCAAUUAAAAAUUGAAGUUGGUUUAAAUUAUCAAUCAUUUUUAAUCAAUACUUUAAGAUAUACUUUAUCAAAAUUAAAUUAAAAAGAUCCUUCAUAUGAAGCUAGAAAAUUAUAUAUAAAAUUCUUAGUCAUUUGUUAUUUCAGAAUACCAGAAUUUAGAGCCAAAUUCUUAGAACUCAUUAAUAAACCUGGUGAUCCUCAAUUAUCUGAAUUACGUGGGACAGAAUUUAUCUAAUAAGAUGAUCCUACUAACAUUGAUAAGAGUACUAAAAAUAAUAUUUCAAUCUUUGAUUGGUAGAAUUAUUUUCAUACAUACCUUAAUGAUAAAAGUUAAGGUAUUUAAAAUUAAUCAUCUCUCAAUUAAAUUCUAGAUGAUGAAAGUUGGAAAGAAAAUAUUAGACACAGAUCUGUUAAUUUUAGUUUCUUUGUAGAAGAAUGGGCAAUUUAUGUUAGAAAUAUUCUAUAAGUUAAAAUUUUACCUUGGCAAGAUAUUCCAGGUUACAGAAUAUUAGUAAAAGCUUUUAUGUGUGAAUUAAAACUGUAAGAUUCAGUACCAGAUGCAAUGAAAAUAGCAUUAAGAAGUUUAAUGUAGAAUGUUAAUCUCUUAGGAAUUAUAGUUAGUUUAUAAUUUAAUAAAACAAAGUAGAAUAUAAAUUAAUUCUAGUUUAUAUAAUACAGAAUAAGUUAUAGAAACCUUUGAAAUUUUAGAUAUUUGUUUCUCAACGUUAACAACUAUGCCACCUUACUUCGAUUAUCCAUUCUUAUUGAAAGGAAUAAAAUAAAUUAUUAUAGAUUCAGAACACGCUAUCUGUAUUGCUAAAUGUUUAUGGUUCAUCUACAAUAUCUAUACAUUAUUAUCAAGUAUAUAUUUAUUUUAUUCAAGUGGACUUCAAAAAAGACUUAUGUGAAUUCAUCUUUGAAAAAGCUGUAUUUAAAUUAUUUCUUCAUUGGAGUAAAACUGUUAGAAUGAUGUUUCAUUACUUCUUACUAUAUAGAGUUUCACAUUAACAUAAGAAUCCUAAAGUUGGAGGAUUGGAUGAAGAGUAGAUUUAUCAUUUUUAAUUAGGUAAAUUAUUUAAUAGUACACCUUAAUUAACAGACCUAAAAAAAAUUAAAGUUAUUUUGAAAAUAGAUAACCAUAAUAAUAGUUAAUAGUAAUCAUUAUUCCCUUAAUUCUAGUCUGAUUAUAU